AUGGCGAAUAAGGACUCUCAGAAAAUAUGGUUCAUUUCAGGUGCGUCAUCUGGACUCGGCCUCGAGAUUGGCCUUGCGGCACUACGUUCAGGACAUCAAGUGAUCGGAACUGGCCGCAAUAUCCAAAGUGCAGCGAUCGCCAACCCGGAGUUCGAAAAAUUAGGCGGCCGAUGGCUGCAGUUGGAUAUCUCUAGACCAGAGGCACAAGAUAUUGUCACUAAUGUCGUUGCGGAACAAGCACGGAACCUUCACUGGGUAGUCGUGAACAAUGCUGGAAACACCUUACUCGGUGCUGUCGAAGACAUGAGUGAGGAUCAGAUCUCCCAGUAUCUUCAACCGAACGUGUUCGGAGCUAUUCGGAUAUGGAAGGCUCUUCUUCCAGUACUACGUCGCAACCGUCGAGGCACACUGGUCACCAUCUCGUCAAUAUUCGGCUUCGUCAGCAAAGCGGAACAUAUGAUGUACAGUGCAGUGAAGGCCACGACCGAGUCUUUGACCGAAUCUUAUGCCGGCCUCUUGGCACCUUUUGGGAUAAAGGCUAUGAUUAUCGAGCCCGGAGGCUUCCGCACCAGGUUUCCAGCGAAUAAUAUCAAAGCAGACCGUGGCAUCUCGGCGGACUACAAGGAGGCAAUCAGCAAGUGGAUCGACAUCGUGGAUGCUGCGGGCAAAGAUCCAAUGAUGGUGAAUGGAGACCCUAAGCGGCUUGGGGCACGAGUCGUUGAUGCUGUCGAGGGCAGUGGCCCCUGUCAGGGGUUGUGGUCAGAGCAUGAAGAAGGACAAGUUUUACGUGUCCAGUUGGGCACGGACUGUUACGACUUAUUUGGUGAAAAGCUGAAACGUUUGAACCAAGACUACGAGAAAAUGGCUUCGAUUGCGCAGUCGACAGACGCCGAUCCAUGA